AUGACGCUCGACUCUGCACUUCUUCACCACCAACUUCGCCACUACAUUAGCACGGCUGAUCCAGAUCGAAUAUAUGUCGCGGUAGAGAGGCAGAUAUAUGUCUUCCACAUCCCUACGAGAAAGCGUGAGAAAAUUGCGGUCGUGCCGUUCUCACCAAGAUGCCUGACUGCUGGUCUGGGUUGGAUUGGGAUCGGGGGUUCAGAGCACGGGGAUUGUGCUUUUAUCAAGAUUGGCGAAACGACUUCCGGGACUCCGCCUGGCAUGCUUCCUCCGCGUACAGACGUAGAUAGUCCAUUACCAGUUGACCUAGAUCCUUCUCGGCCCCGAUAUCCACCAUCAAGUGCUAGUGAGACUCUACCAACUCCUCAACUUUUUCAGAGGCCAAACGCUGAGAGGUUUCUAGAUAUAAAAAUACAUGAGUUUGGAGGGAGCAUUGUCAAUUCUGUGACGCUUCAUCGCCUACCAGCUCUUAAUAAUAAUUAUGCGAAUGAAGAUGUCGCAGUUCUCAGUAAUAAUGACACAACAGUGAGCAUUUAUUCCCUUACACGCUCGGAAAUGAUCCAGAGCAUUCGCCAUCCGAUUUGCAUGAAUUAUGCCAUUAUCUCGCCCGAUUCGAACCUUCUCGCUGCCGUGGGUGACGCCAACCAUAUCUACUUCUACCGAAUUGAGCAAUCCCCCGAAAACAGAGUCCCUGUUCGGAAUAGCGACAAAAUGCUAAUGGGUUGGAACUGGCCGUUGAUCCGCUCCGUAGAACUGGACACAGAUCCUGAGUAUGAUGACUGUUGUUGCUUCACAAUUGCAUUUUCUCCAUCUAGCCAUCUUUGUGCAGUUGGGUCACAAGCCGGAAUCAUCACAGUCUUCGACGUCAAAAGCAUUUUGAACACGGAUCCCGAAGACGUGGGUGGGCGAGAACAUAUUGUUUGUGUGUUCCAGUCAUCUCGAUCUUAUUUUGAAGGUGGCGCAGUUCGGUCCAUGUCGUUCUCUCCUAGACCUUGGGAUCUCCUUGUUUGGGUGGAAGAUUAUGGGCGAGCUGGGGUAGCAGACAUCCGCCAGGCAUUUUCCCGGCGCCAGAUUCUAUCCCUUGAUCUAGACGAACCAGGACUACAAAUCGUUCGAACUCACAUAGGCAGAGAUGAUCAGGAGUCGUCAUCGGACUCUGAUGGUGCCGAACGCUUCCUUGAGCAUGAGGGACUGAACCAUCGAGCAAACGUCAUUGAAGCUACCUCAUUGCAGAGGGACCAACAGAGUGGUGAUUCGGAAACAGAAUUAUCACGUGAAGAGUUGUUGCGGGAAAUGGGGUAUAGAGAGAGACACAUUAUCGAUUCCGUGAAUGCCUCAGAAUGGGACGAUGGGAUAUUAUCCUCGCGAAUUCCGAGACGCCUAAGUCCUGAAUCGCUCAUGGAAGCUCGCACUGGCAACCGCUCUCCUCGCGCAUCGUCUCCGGGGUUGGCUGACGCCGUUUUACGCGCUGAGUAUGGUGGAGAUCGCCAGUUGGAGCGGGUGCGAGCGACAGUUCAACCGCCGACGUCACGUCCUUCCAUAUCAAUUGCGCAGCCGCAAGGCGAGCGGCUGUCAUCUACGUUGCUACCUGCCCACGGAAUCAAUCCUUCAUCUAUCACAUUAAGAUGGACCCAGUCUCCAGCACGUUUGCAGCCUUCGGACUACCCCUCAGAUGCUGACGGUUCAAAUGCCACGGGUCGAAGCGGCGCAGCACAAUCUACUAACAACGAACAGCCAAAUGGCAAUGGAAACGCGAAUGGCCCUACAAGUAGCCGACAACUACCACGAUCCCGAGUUCUAUUUAACCGUUCCCCUGAAAACCCAGCCUCACCGCUAUCCACCCAAGCCCAGCAAAUCCGCCUGCACCGUACAAGAUCCAUUCCACGAAGAGCGGACCGCCUGGAUCACGCCGUAGAACGGCAAGAGGGGCAAACAAUAGGCUCGACCCCCGAGGAGCGAAGCCGGCUACGGCGGCAAGCGGUGAUUGAGGAGAGUCGGCGGACAGGGGUGGGUGCGCCGUUCAGCCAUUAUCGCCGUCGCAUCGAAGUUGGCCAGCUUCGAGCACCGCGUUGGGCUCGCAUGGCGCUUGGUGAUGAUGGGAGAUAUGGGUCGACUAGUCGCGAGAGGGAACGGGGAUUGGGAACUGCAGGUAUUGGAUGGGGUGCCGAUGGGCGGACCUUGUUUAUCGGAACUGUGGAAGGUAUCUUCCAGCUCGAGCUCAACGUCCAAGAUCGAAAAACAUUUCCUGGUUUUUCAUGCAGGUGA